AUGACCUCUGCUAGUGUCAAACGCCGGCCAGUGCUAGACAAGGCCAGGUCUACUGACUGGACUAAGAUUCCAAAUCCUCAAUACGGUCUCAGCUCUCCGUGGUCCAGUUAUUAUACCCCGGCCGGUACUUCUGCUCAAGGUCGCUGGGAAGGUGAACUUGAUAGUCUCGUGGUAUACGGCGAGGUGCCUAAGGAAAUCGAUGGCACCUUUUAUCGUUUACUCCUGGACCCCCAGCAUCCACCACACCCGGACAAUCCGUUCAUUGACGGUGACGCCAACAUCUGCGCCUUUCGCUUCCACAAUGGCCAGGUCGACAUGAAGCUCAGGUACGUUGAGACGGAGCGAUACCUCCUCGAACGCAAAGCGAACCAGCGGCUCUUCCAUAUCUACCGGAACCCAUAUUCGUGGCAUCCAUGCGUGCGCAUGGCCAACGACUCGACGGGCAACACCAACAUCGUGCCCUGGGCGGGCCAUCUUCUGGCGCUGAGUGAACGCGGUCUGCCAUGGGCCGUGGACCCGGAGACACUUGAGACGCGAUGCUACGAUCCAUUUGGGGGCCAAGUGAAGGCAAAGACAUUCACGGCGCACCCAAAGGUCGACCCUUAUCAAAACGAGAUGGUGGUCUGGGGGUAUGAGGCGAAAGGUCUGGGAACGCCAGACAUAUGCUUCUAUACCGUAGAUCCCGAAGGGGCAAUUACAGGCGAGACUUGGAUCAAGGAUGAAAUGGGCGGCAUGGCCCACGAUGCGUGGAUCACCGAGAACUGGAUCGUCAUGUCAUCGAUGCCAUUCAAGGUGAAUUCCGACGAGGAGAUGAAGGCUGGUUCGCAGCACUGGGAAUGGGUGCCGGACCGGCCUGCCGCCUUGCUGGUUGCUCCGCGGAAGCCUACUACACCUCUCCCGGCCGGUUGGAAGGUCGGGGAAGCUCGACGAUACACAUGGGAUAACGGCGUCAUCUUCCACACUGGUGCUGCAUGGGAAGACGAGGACGGCACCCUGAAGCUCGAGAGCCACUUCGUUACCUUCAACUUCUUCCACUUCUUCAACCCUCCCGGCAUGCAGCCACCUGCAGUUCCUCUUGGCGACUGGGUUCGCUGGACCAUUAACCUGAGCCAGCCCAACAACAGCAGGCUCCAGGAUCCUGACGUCCUGCUGCCUUGGAUAUCAGACUUUCCGAAAACGGACGAGCGGUUCCUGACGCGAAAGCAGCGCAUCGUUUACCUGAUUUCCUGCGAUGCCGGCAAGGAGAUCAAACCAGGCACUCUCAGCGCCUUCAACACGAUUGUCAAGCUCGACACCGAGACCCUUGAGAUGAUGGUCUUCGAUCCUGGUGAGAAUGGCCGCGUGGCAGAGCCUGUCUUCGUCCCGCGGUCCGAUGACGCACCCGAAGGCGACGGCUGGGUUAUAGGCUGGGCUGACAGCGCCAAGAGUCCUCGGGGGGAGCUGGUCGUGCUGGAUACCAAUGACUUUUCCAAGCCUGUAGCCGUCAUUCACUUGCCGUUUGCGAUGCGCACCCAGGUCCAUGGAAACUGGGUGCCGAAUCCUACCCCGGGUACCCCGAUGCCUCGCUUGACAAAGCCACUGAAUGUCGACGUAACUCCUAGCAACAACGGAGUCCUGGAUCGGAUUAAGGAUUGA